AUGCAUUCUUCAGUCGCUUUUCUCAUUGCAGCCCUGGCCACAGGCGCGCUAGCCCUCCCUGUCACCAACACGACCACUACCUCCAACUACUGCGGCUAUGGUACCAACGCCGAUGGCUCUUGCAUCCUCCCCACUAGCACCACCAGCUCUGUUUCUUCCACUACCACUUCGACCUUCUGGUGUGGCUAUGGCACUGCUCUUGACGGCAAAUGCAACCCCCCGCCGACAACAACCAGCGAAAGUACAAGCACCACCACUUCGACCUUCUGGUGUGGCUUUGGCACCGCUCUUGACGGCAAAUGCAACCCCCCGCCGACAACAACCAGCGAAAGUACAAGCACCACCACUUCGACCUUCUGGUGUGGCUUUGGCACCGCUCUUGACGGCAAAUGCAACCCCCCGCCGACAACAACCAGCGAAAGUACAAGCACCACCACUUCGACCUUCUGGUGUGGCUUUGGCACCGCUCUUGACGGCAAAUGCAACCCCCCGCCGACAACAACCAGCGAGAGUACAAGCACCACCACUUCGACCUUCUGGUGUGGCUUUGGCACCGCUCUUGACGGCAAAUGCAACCCCCCGCCGACAACAACGAGCGAGAGUACAAGCACCACCACUUCGGUCUCCCACUACUGCGGUUUUGGCACUGCGCUUGACGGCAAGUGCAGCCCUCCCCCCUCCACCACGACUACUGAGACCACGACCACUGAGACCACGACCCCGGCGCCGACCACCACCACCACCACUACCCCAGUCUCCCACUACUGCGGCUUCGGGACUGCUCUAGACGGCAAGUGCAAACCGGCGCCACCAAAGACCACCAGCUCGUCGGCCAGCAAGAGCACCACCACCCCCGUGUCUCACUACUGCGGUUUUGGAACCGGCCGCGAUGGCCAGUGCAAUCCCCCGCCACCAAAGACCACCACCACCACUACCACCACCACCACUACCACCACCACCACUGGCUGCCCGACCCCGACCACUGUCACUGUCACUGUCACCGCCACUCCCACCUGGACCCACGGCUUCUACUACCGCCCGGGUGAGUGCGCCAACUGCGAGACCAUCACCUUCACCAACAAGGCGGGAGCGCACUUCACCAUGGCUGUUCCCACCAACCCGUGGGCCACGAGCAGCACCACGACUGCCACCCCCACCCCCACCGCCGCCGUCAAAAAGGGCCACCACUGGAGCUCUUGA